AUGUUGUAUUGGAAAGAACGUGCAAAUGACAAGUCUUGCCAUGUUUGUAAAGCUUCUAGGUGGAAGUUAAAUGAGAAGCAAAAAGAGGAAGGUGCAUUGCCCGACGAAGGAGUUCCUGCAAAAGUUUUACGUUACUUUCCUCUUAAACCUCGUCUACAAAGGUUGUUCAUGUGCUCUAAGACGGCUGGACUCAUGAUAUGGCAUGAAACUGAUCGCAGGAAAGAUGACAAAUUAAGGCAUCCUGCCGAUGGACAAACUUGGAAAGAUUUCGAUGUUGCACAUCCUCAAUUUGCAAAUGAUUUUCAAAAUGUGAGGUUGGUUCUUACUACUGAUGGUUUCAACCCAUUCAGAACUAUGAGUGUGUCAUAUAGUAUUUGGCCUGUUGUUUUAUCCAUUUAUAAUUUGCCUCUUUGGUUAUUUAAUAAGUCCGGGUACAAUAUCAUGUCUUUUAUUAUACCUAGUCCUUCUUCUCCGGGUUAUGACAUUGAUGUUUACUUGCAACCAUUAAUCGAGGAAUUGAAGGAGUUAUGGGAAGUUGGAAUUGAGACAUAUGAUGCUGUGAAAGAUGAAACAUUUUCUUUAAAGACAGCCUUGUUAUGGACAAUCAGUGACUUCCCUGCUUAUGCAAUGUUGUCCGGAUGGAGCACCAAAGGAGAAUUUGCCUGCCCGAAUUGCAAUCAUAAGACUUGGUCCAAAUACCUAAAGUAUAGCAAGAAAAUGUGUUACAUGGGACAUCGUAUCUCUUUGAAAGAAAAUCAUCCAUGGCGUCGUAAUAAGAGAGCUUUUGAUGGUAAUGUAGAGACAAGGCCUCCUCCUCCUGCUAGAUUCUCAGGUUCUGAGGUAUUAAAAGAUUUAGAAGGGUUUGAAAAUAAAUUUGGGAAAACUCAAAAGAAGGGUAGAAAGAAAUUUUCGUGGAAGAAGAAAUCAAUUUUCUUUGAGCUUCCUUAUUGGGAAACUAAUACCUUGCGUCAUAAUCUUGAUGUUAUGCACAUUGAGAAAAAUAUUUGUGACAGUGUGCUCGGUACUUUGCUUGAUAUCCCAGGAAAGACCAAGGACCAUGUAGCAGCCCGCUUUGAUUUACAAGAUAUGGGUAUAAGAAAUGAACUCCAUCCAAAGAGAACAAAUAAUAGAGGGAAGCGUUUAUACUCCAAAGCCUGUUUUUCUUUAUCUUCUAGUGAAAAAGACUUGUUCUGCAGUAUGAUAAAAGGUGCUAAGUUUUCCGAUGGUUGUGCAUCAAACAUUUCCAGAUGUGUCCAAUCCAAUGAGAGGAAAGUUUUUGGUUACAAGAGCCAUGAUGCCCACUUUAUGCUUCAUUAUUUGCUCCAAGUUGCUGUAAAGAAUACCUUGCCUAAACAAGUAGCAUCGACUUUGAUUAGGCUAGGAUCCUUUUUUAGGGGUCUAUGUAGGAAAUUUCUAAAGCCUAAAGAUCUUGACGAUCUUGAAUCUGAAAUCAUAGAGAUACUUUGCCAACUUGAGAAGAUAUUCCCCCCUAGUUUCUUAGACAUAAUGGUCCACCUUCCACUUCAUCUUGUAGAGGAGGUAAGGCUUGGGGGUCCUGUUCAAAGUCGUUGGAUGUAUCCGAAAGAGCAGUAUUUGGGUAAAUUGAAGUCGUAUGUAAAAAAUAGAAGUCGACCCGAAGGUUCCAUUGCAGAGGCCUACUUGGAAGAAGAAUGCCUUAUUUUUUGUUCUCGAUAUCUUCACGAUGAAUUUAAUUCAAAGUUGAAUCGAGCACCUAGAAAUGAUGAUGAUGAUACUGCGUCCAAUGAAGAUGGAAGCCUUUUUCCUAAUGUUGGACGUCCUUUAGGUGUAAGAAAGAAAAAUAAAGGCAAAAAGGUUUCUUUAGAUGAAGACACUUUGAUGAAAGCUCAUCGCUAUGUACUCUUUAAUUGUGAUGAAAUAAGUGUUUACAUAAGUGAACAUCAAGAUUUAGUGAAUCGUCAAAGAAGUCAAGGUAGACGGGGUAAGCGGAGUAGGUGGGCGAGAGCACAAGAACACAGUCAUGAUAUUGGAGCAUGGUUCAAGGACCAUGUACGGGAAGAAAAUGUUUCCAAAGAAAUAAAGGCUUUAUCCCAAGGUCUUGACUAUACUGUGAGAAGUUUUAAAGGGUACCUAAUAAAUGGUAACAAAUUUCAUACAACAGCACAUGAGUCAAAAAGGAAAACUCAAUGUAGUGGAGUUAGUGUAACAUCUUCAAUGUCGAGUUUUGCAAGUUCCGAUCAAAAUCCUGUUGUUGGGGAUGUCAAAUAUUAUGGAGUGGUGGAGGAUAUCAUUGAGUUGGAUUAUUUUGGGCAUUUCAAAGUGGUAUUGUUUCGCUGUAACUGGUUUCAAGUGGAGCAAGAUGAGUUUGGGCUAACAUGUGCUAAUUUUAAAAGGUUAUGCUAUACUAAUGACCCUUUUGUGAUGGCUAAUCAAGUAAACCAAGUUUUUUAUGUGCAAGAUUCCAAAGAAAAGCAUUUGCAUUACGUUAUGGAAACUAUCCCCGGAGACUUCUUUGAUAUGAGUGAAGAAUCAAAUGGUGAUGUUGGAGUUUCUUAUUGGAAUGAAUCUGCUAGUGAUGGUGUUUGCCCAGGGGCAACUGUUGCUGAUGACAAUGAUGUUAGUUGGUUGAGAGAGGACUUGCCUGCCACUACUGUUGACGUUCCAGAAUACCUGUUAGAAAUGCAAGCAGCGCCGGAAAUUGAUGAUUCGGAUGAUGAAAUCAAGGAUAAUACUCUAUGGGAUUUCAUGCAAGAAAGUGAAGAUGAAGCUUAG